GCAACACUGUUUUUCAGUACAUCAUAUUGUUUGGUUAUGGUUGCUGGUUACUGAAAUUAAAAAAUGUAAAUUUGAAAUUGAGUAAAUAUUGAUACCUCUAACAUUAAACGAAUAGGGAAUGGCCAAAAAUGCAGAAAUAUUCAUUUGUUUAAUAGUGGUCAUUUCAAUAAUAAUUCUAUACGUUUUGAACAAAUGCAUUUUGAAUACAGACUUAGUACAGAACCCACCUGAAGACUACAGUUGGAUUAUACACGGAUUUCGAAAUGCAUUGGGUUAUGCUACUCUAUUUCUACCAGGCUGUUUAGUGUACAAAUAUAUACAGAAAACUAAUUACAUAAGUAAAAGUGGCAGAGGACUAAUUGGAGCCCUAAUAAGAACGUGUUUCGGAGAAGAUGAGCUGUUGCUCGUCAGUACAAGUGCACAUGCAAUUCCAGUAGAAAGGACGGCUCUUCAAGAUGGAUUCUUACUCACAUUUUAUUUUUUUGGACUUCAGAUAUCCUAUCUUUCCUGGGGAAUAUUGCAGGAAAAGGUUAUGACCCAGGCCUAUGAAAAUUCAACUAAAGACACAGGCUAUUUCAAAGAUUCACAGUUUUUAGUUUUUAUUAAUCGGAUAUUGGCUUUUCUUUUGUCUGCUGUAAUAUUAUUCUGUAGGAGACAACCUAGACACAGAUGUCCACUAUACAAAUAUAUUUUUUGUUCCUUCUCAAAUAUUAUGAGUUCUUGGUGUCAGUAUGAAGCUCUCAAAUAUGUAUCUUUUCCUCACCAAGUUCUUGCAAAAGCUAGUAAAACUAUUCCAGUUAUGAUAAUGGGAAAAAUUAUCUCGAGAACAAAAUAUGAAUAUUAUGAAUAUGUGACUGCUGUGAUGCUUUCAGUGGGAAUGCUGUUUUUCAUGGUUGACACCGGUAACGAUCGCUCAAAAUCAACGAUAACUACAUUUUCAGGAGUUUUACUCCUCUGUUCCUAUAUCUCUUUUGAUAGUUUCACAUCAAAUUGGCAGGGAAGUUUGUUCAAACAAUAUGAAGUGAAACCUUUGCAAAUGAUGUGCUUUGUCAAUCUGUUUUCUUGCAUUUUCACAGCCGUAUCACUUAUUCAACAGGGAGGUUUUAUGCAAAGCUUUACGUUUAUGAUAAAUUUUCCUAGCUUCAUAGUAGAUGUUGUGUUACUUUCUCUUUGUAGCGCAGUUGGACAAUUGUUCAUAUUCAACACUGUAUCUACAUUUGGACCCCUCGUUUUUGUAAUAAUUAGCACAAUAAGGCAAGGGUUUUCUGUUUUAUUGAGCUGCAUCAUAUACCACCAUAAGGUAAAUGCUGUAGGUAUAUUUGGUCUUAUACUAGUAUUUUUGAGUAUACUUUUAAGAGUAUAUUGUAGUUAUAGACUUAAAUCAUUGAAACAGCUCAACACUUCCAACAUUAAAAAUCAACAAUGCUAAUCCUAUUUUGUCAUAUUUUUAUUAUUGGUCAUAUUAUGAAAAAUUGAAAUAUAUACAUAUAUAUUGACAA